AGCAGAUGGACUACAUAACCGCGCGUAUGUGUAACAUUACGGCGCGCACCUGCGUGCGCUUCUUCCCGCGCACCAACGAGCGCGACUACCUGGCCAUUGUUAGCCACACCGGGUGUUGGUCGUUCGUGGGACGCCAAGGCGGCAAGCAGCUCCUGUCGCUGCAGAUCCUUAAUAAAAACGGCCAGAGCUGCCUCAACGGGACUAUUGUCGAACACGAGCUCUUACACGCAUUAGGUUUUGUACACGAGCACACUCGCCUCGACCGCGACACCUACAUCAAAAUCGACCUGGACAACGUCGAGCCACUGUACCGCGAGCAGUUCGGCAAGUACGCGCGGCAGUUCGUCAGCAUCAUCCCGUACGACGUGCACUCGGUGAUGCACUACAGCAGCGCCACCUUCGCCCUCAACUUGACCCUGCCCGUCAUCACCAUCGUGCAGCCCAUCAACGCCACCACCGUCAAUGUGACCACGCUGCUCAUCGCGCCGGCGCUGGCCUUGAGCGAGCUGGACAUUCAGCGCAUCAACGAGCUGUACGGCUGUACGCCGCGGCCGCAUGUUAGCGGCGGGACGACCACCGUUGCGCCGGUCAACACCACCGUCUCCUGCGUUGAUCCUUUGUUGACCGGCAAUGAUGACCUCCCGGAUCCAACCGCCGCUGACACCUGUGAGCUGUUCGGGGCGGCCACCGGCGCCGGUGUUGGAUGACCUUUGCACAUCUACAAACGAGUAAAUACUGCACAGUGGAAUCUAUUUAAAAAAACGUUUCUGCUAAAUUAACUUCGACAAAAGUGUAAUAAAUUCUCGGAUUAUUCGA